AGCAGACAGGAGAGCCAUGCAGUCCAAGCGGGAGUGUGAGCUAUGGUGUGAAAGGGUGAACCCGGAGAACAAGGCAGCGUUGGAAGCUUGGGUCAGGGAGACGGGCAUCCGCCUGGUGCAGGUGAACGGGCAGAGGAAGUAUGGCGGGCCACCCCCAGGCUGGGUGGGCAGCCCGCCGCCGGCUGGGUCAGAGGUAUUUAUCGGGCGGCUGCCCCAGGACGUGUACGAGCACCAGCUGAUCCCACUGUUCCAGCGCGUGGGCCGCCUCUACGAGUUCCGCCUGAUGAUGACUUUCAGCGGGCUAAACCGUGGCUUCGCCUACGCUCGCUACAGUUCGCGGCGCGGCGCCCAGGCCGCCAUCGCCACGCUGCACAACCACCCGCUGCGGCCCUCCUGCCCGUUGCUUGUGUGCCGCAGCACCGAGAAGUGCGAGCUGAGCGUGGACGGGCUGCCUCUGGGGCUGAGCCGCCGCGCGUUGCUGCUCGCGCUGCAGCCCCUGGGUCCCGGCCUGCAGGAGGCGCUGCUGAUGCCCAGCCCUGGGCCUGCGCCCGCGCAAAUUGCACUGCUGAAGUUCAACUCGCACCGCGCCGCCGCCAUGGCCAAAAAAGCCCUAGUGGAAGGGCAAUCACGCCUCUGUGGAGAACAGGUGGCCGUGGAGUGGCUCAAGCCAGAUCUGAAGCAGCGACUCCGCCAGCAGCUCGUGGGCCCCUCCCUGCAGUGCCUACAGCCAGAGGGCGGUCGGUUGGCCGUGGCCAGGGACAAGCUAGAGUUCCAAGGGGCACGGGCUGCCCUGCAGCUGUUGUGCCAGAGGAUGAAGCUGGGCAGCCCUGUGUUCCUCACCAAGUGUUUGGGCACAGGCCCUGCUGGCUGGCACCGCUUCUGGUACCAGGUGGUGAUCCCUGGGCAUCCAGUGCCCUUCAGUGGCCUCAUCUGGGUCGUGCUGGCCCCAGAUGGGCAGAAUGGGCAUGAGGUGGCUAAAAAUGCUGUGUCUGCAAGGCUGCUAGAGGCACUUAGUGACUCUAGAGCCAGUCUUUUACGGUCUGCUGGGGCUGAAGCAGGUACCAUGGUUAAGCAGUGACCCUGUCCUCUUCACAGGCAGCCUGAACGAGUUGGCAGAGCCUAUUUAAGUCCCCAGCCCAGCAGGCCUGGGCAGCCACCAUCUGAUCUCAAAGGGGAGAAGAAUGGGUUCUGCCCUACCUCUGACAUAACCUCCCAGUCGGGGCAAGGCCCCGGCACACCUGGG